ACAUUUUCUUCGAUUUGCAACCUAGGAGUACGGUUUCAGCUCGUGUUUCGCCUUCGAAGCGUACUAUAAAUUCUUGCUGAAGCUAGUGAAAAUGUUGUCCCGUGCAGUGCUUUUGUCAGCCAAGAAGCCAGCAGCGUUGGUGCUCUCUCGUGGUGCUGCCAGCUGCAGUGAAAAGACCGCCGAUCGUCCAAAACGGCUUGAACAUGGCGGUAAAGUUCGUUUGGGAUUUCUACCCGAGGAAUGGUUUACUUUCUUCUAUAACAAGACCGGUGUCACCGGACCGUACGUGUUUGGAGCUGGCUUAGCAACGUACCUCUGCUCUAAGGAAAUUUAUAUCAUGGAGCAUGAAUACUACAAUGGUCUGUCGUUGGCCAUUAUGGUUGUUUUUGCGGUGAAAAAGUUUGGACCUUCGUUGGCUGCCUAUCUCGAUAAAGAAGUCGACAAAGUCGAGAACGAAUGGAAGGAAAGCCGUGAUAAUAACAUUCAACAGCUAACCCAGGCUAUCCAAGAUGAGAAGAAAGAGCAAUGGCGUGCCGAGGGCCAGACGAUGUUGAUGCAAGCCAAGAAAGAAAAUGUUGCUCUACAGCUGGAGGCUGCUUAUCGCGAGCGUGCUAUGAAUGCGUAUCAAGAAGUGAAAAAACGCCUCGACUACCAGGUCGAGCGUCAGAAUGUCGAUCGUCGCAUCUCGCAAAAGCACAUGGUGGACUGGAUCGUAAACAAUGUAGUGAAGUCCAUCACUCCCGAUCAGGAAAAGGAAAAUCUAAACAAGUGUAUUGCUGACCUUGGAGCAUUGGCCGCUAGAGCUAAGUAAAGGCCCGCCGCUGAUGGCGAAGGUCGAGUUUCUCUUGAAUUAGUUAAAGGUUUUCGAAAAUCGACCAUGUCAUUCUGGCAAUAAAGCAGCGCUAGAUCGCGCGUUCACGUACUGUACUGCAUGUUGACGAA